AUCACUUCUCUCUCUAGAAAACGAAGAAAGAAGUAUAGUAGCCCUAUAUUCUCUCUCUCCUCUUCCCUUCCUUUCUUUCUCUCUUGUCCCUUAUCAACUCCCCUCUUUUCCUCAAUCUCACCCUCUUCAAAACCCUAAUUUCUAUCUCAAUUCACUCUUUCUUUUUCCUAAUAUAAUCACAACCCUUUUCAAUUCGUCCCAAUUCUCGAUCUGGGUGUCCGAGUUUCGAGCUUGAAACCGAAGAUUUGGUCGAUUUGGAGCCCUAGAAUUCAUAAAGGCGCGAUCUUUAGCUUCGAUUCAGAGCUUUUAGGCUGUGAAUUGAUUGCGGGGAGACGUAUAGACAUAUAUCUGUGUGUUUUUGUGUGCUUUUUUGGUUCAUGCCGCCGGAAUUGUUGCCAAGGGAUCGGAAGGAGUUGUUCAGGGAGAGGAAGAACGAGAGGUCUUUGUCAGAAGGUGGUGGUUCAAACAGAUGGAGAGAUGUGAAAAGACCUGGAGGUUAUGUUAGAGGUUUUCCUAUGUUAUCUGAAGAAUCGUGUCGUGGGUCUGGACCUUCGAGGUCUAAUGAUAAGAUGCUGGAUGAUGAGAGUGGUCGGUCAUUGGGAAAGUAUGGCAGAAGUGGUAGGGAGAAUAGAGGUGGGCCUUUUAGUCAGAGAGGCUUGAAUAGACACUCAUCUGAUGCUGCUGCCAAUUCAUCUUUAAAUGGUCCUAUUAUGCAGUUCAAUGUUAAUGACAAGAGGUUAGUGGAUGACGUAUUAACAUGUAAUCGAAUUGACUUGAAAGACACACCUGAUAAGAGUGGUGGUGUUAGUGGCCCGUGCACAGGUCAGAAAUUAGAUGGGGAGAAUUCAUUGAGCUCUAUAGAUUGGAAGACUCUUAAAUGGACACGUUCUGGAAGCUUGUCUUCACGUGGUUCUGGUUUGAGCCAUUCAAGUAGCUCCAAGAGCAUGGGAGGAGAUUCUACUGAAACUAAGUCUAAUUUGCAUCCUCUAAAUGUAUCACCGCUGGAGUCCCCUUCAUGUGAUGCUGCUGCUUUUGCAAGUCCUGCUGCUGGUGCAAACUCCGCCGCUCCUACUGAAGAGACGAGUUCGCGGAAGAAGCCAAGACUUGGAUGGGGUGAGGGGCUUGCAAAGUUUGAGAAGAAAAGAGUUGAUAGCCCUAGUGAUACUGCAGUGAAAAUUGGAAUGGUUUUAUCUGAAAACAACACAGAAAAUGGACGUUCUCAUGUCAUCAAUGUCCCAGAUAGAAGUCCUAGAUUAGCAGGUCUCUUGAGUUGUACAUCUCCUGCUACUCCCUCAGUUGCUUGCAGUUCCUCAGUGGGUUUAAAUGACAAAUUUUUGGGCAAAGCAGUGAAUGUUGAAACUGCUGAUGUAUGUGGAUCACCUUUAGAGUCUUUGAAUCAGUGCGAAGAUUUGUCUUGCAAUCCGGUAACCUUGGAGGACACACUAGUUGCCAACUUAUACCAGAUUAACGAACUGCUUAAGUGUAAUGAUCAGGUUUCUACAGAUUCUGAUUUUGUGAAGUCUACUGUUAUGAACAAAUUGCUGGUAUUGAAAGCUGAUGUCUCAAAAAGAAUAGAAGCUACCGAGUCUGAGAUUGAUUCGCUUGAAAAUGAAUUGAAGUUGCUGAUUAAUGACACCGGAAGUGUCCAUCCACGUCCAGCUUCUUCUAGUUCUCUGCCAGUGGUGUGUUUCAACAAGCCGUCAGAAGUAGAUACAGCAUCCAAUUUAAUUCCUAGACCAGAUCCAUUGCAAACUUCAGGAGAUCUGCUGAAGGACAGGACUUAUGGUGGCUCCGAAGGGGAACUCGCUGAAUGUAAAGAUGAGGAUAUUGAUAGUCCAGGCACUGCAACAUCCAAGUUUUGUGAACCUAUGUACUCGGGUAAGCCUGUUUCUCAGGCUGAUAUACCGAAUCUUGUUGAAAGUUCUUUGAAUGUUGAUGCUUGUAGAAAUGGCAGUGAAGUGAAGUCGUUGGUAUAUGCUGUUGAAGAAGAAGGAACAGAUACUAGACCCAGUUGUCUUGUGGACCCUGAUAAUGUUGGACAGACAGAAAAUGUAUAUGAUCUAAUGAUGGCUUCUAACAAAGAAGCUGCACAUAGAGCUUCCGAAGUGUUUAGCAAGUUAGUGCCAGACAGUUCAUCCUCUUUUGAUAUUCAAAUAGAUGAUAAUAGCCCCUGCUUGAAAGUUGAUCCUUCCGUAGAGGAAAAAUUCGCAAGGAGGAAGCGUUUCAUGAAGUUCAAAGAAAGAGUAAUCACCCUCAAGUUUAGAGUGUUUCAGCAUCUCUGGAAGGAAGAUCUGCGCUUGCUAUCCAUAAAGAGAAGCCGCACAAAGCCUCAGAAGAAGUUUGAAUUUGGCACCCGAAUGUUACCCUGUGGCUACCAAAAGCAUCGUGCAUCUAUCCGUUCUCGAUUCUCAUCUCCUGCAGGGAAUCUGAGUUUAGUUCCCACCACACAGGUGAUUGAUUUCGCAAGCAAAUUGCUUGAGGAUUCCCGUACAAAGGUCUAUAGAAGUGCUCUGAAUAUGCCGUCUUUAAUAUUGGACAACAAGGAGAAGAUAAUGUCAAGGUUCAUCUCAAGUAAUAGGUUGGUAGAGGAUCCUUGCUCUCUUGAGACAGAGAGAUGUAUAAUUAAUCCGUGGACAUCUGAAGAGAAAGAGAUCUUCUUAGAUAAGCUUUCCGUGUUCGGGAAGGAUUUCAGAAAAAUAGCUGCCUUUCUUGAUAACAAAACAACUGCAGAUUGUGUUGAGUUCUAUUACAAGAAUCACAAAUCAGAAUGUUUUCAGAAAGCUAAGAAGAAGCCGGAGUUUGCUGAAAAAGGAAAAUCCUUUUCUAAAAACACUUACUUGGUUACAUCUGGUAAGAGAUGGAAUCGUGACGACAAUGUAGCUUCUCUUGAUUUGCUUGGCGCAGCCUCAGCGAUAGCUGCUAAAGAUGAUGGCCUAAAACCUCAGAAGUGUGCACCAAGAUUAAUUUUCAGUUCUUGCAACUCUAGAACAGCGCGAGGUGAUGAUGUUUUGUCAAAGAGGUCCAGUGCUAUUAACAUAUUGGGGAGCGAAAGAGAAAAUGUAGCUGCUGAUGUGUUGGCUGGUAUAUGUGGUUCCCUAUCUUCAGAAGCUAUGAGUUCUUGCAUUACCAGCUCUGUUGAUAUUGGAGAGGGAUAUCAGGAGAGAAAGGGCCAACCAAUGCGCAUGAAGAAAAGGCGGUCAGUGACACCCGAGGUUGCUCAGGAUGUUGAUGAAGGGAUUUGUUCAGAUGAGAGUUGUGGAGAGGUAGACCAUGCAGAUUGGACAGACGAGGAAAGGUCGGUUUUCAUUGAGGCCGUGUCAUCCUAUGGCAAGGAUUUUGCAAUGAUUUCUCAGUGUGUUGGGACAAAGUCCAGUAAUCAGUGUAAGGUCUUCUUCAGUAAGGCUCGGAAGUGCCUUGGUUUAGAUAUGAUGCAUCCUGGUUCUUGCAGUGGGGUAGCAUCAUUAAGUGACAAUGGUAAUGGAGGUGGCGGAGCUGACACAGAGGAUGCCUCUCUUGUGGAGACUGGCUCAGGUGUUAAAUCAGGCUCUAAGACUGAUGAAGAUCUGUCCUUGUCUAGUACGAAAGUAGUUCAGACUGAAACAUUUCCGGCAGGGACUAUAAAUAUUUAUCCUGACGCUGACAAGUUGAAGGAGAUAAACGGCGCAGGAGAAUCAGAUGUUAUAGUUGAUGAGCCCAGGCCAGAAGAUGCUGUCUCUGCUGGAAGUAAAAAUAAAAAUGUUUGUCUAGUUCUUGAUAAUGACAACAGAUUUGAAACUUGUGAUGGUAGCGAGUCUGGGGCUGUGAAGAAUCUUGAAAAUGGUUUGGGGCCUCAUACAAAAACUAUACAAAAUGAAGCUUCUGAAGGAAAACAAGCAGUUGUUCAGGAGGUUAGUGGCUUUGUUAAACCUUCUUAUGCGAACUUAGAGAGUGGUGUUUAUGGUGAUAAUUCUCGAGCAGGAGAAGCAGGAAGUGAGUUUUCAUCACAUGGAAAUAGUUUCAAUGAGACAGGUCUUAAAAAUGCUCCCCUAUCUGAUGGAAAUAUUCCUGUAUCGGCUGGUACUGAUUUAUUAGCAACUGGCUCUCUCCCUGGGUGUGAGAAAAUAAAUCCAAUUAUUUUGGAUGAUGCUCCCUUUUCUGUGUUGCAGACUCCCGUUGUCCAAGAUCCUGGUGCAGUGCAGGCUGAGAACAGUCUUAAUCUGACAUCUCAUUUGGUUCCAGGGAAGAUCAGUAAUUCACAGUUGAAGAUUUCUGUCAACUCAAAAGACGGCUAUGACAAGCCUCUGUAUCAACCGCCCUCUAGGGAUGAUAUUAAUCCCUUAAAUAGUCUUCAAGCUUAUCCACCAUCCGUACCAACCAAAAAAGCAUUGAACGGGGAUAUUGGUAGCUGUAAAUCUACUCCCAGUCAAAGUAUCUCAAAAGUGGAUAGAAAUCAUUAUACUGAUCUCCUUUUGCCUCGGGACAGUUAUCUUCCCAAGUCUAAUGGUCAUGGUCCCAAGCAUAAUGAAAUAAGGUCUGAACAUCACUUACUGUCCCAAGACCAGCUGAAUGAUAAUUCAAGAAGACCUAGACCAAGGUGUUUAUCAGAUUCAGAUCAACCAACCCGUAAAGGUGAUGUGAAACUCUUUGGUCAAAUUUUAAGUCACCCUUCAACCCAGCAAAAGCCAAAUUCCAGAGCAGAGGAAAAAGAAGACAGGGAUGCUAAACAUGCCAAGUCAUCUGAAAAUUCCUACAACUUGAAAAUUCCUAGUCAGAAUUUAGAUGGAAUUUUAACUUCUACGAAAUUCGAUCACAACAGUUACCUGGGUCUGAGAGACAUGGGUCUUCCUAUGAGAAGUUUUGGUUUCUGGGAUGGUAAUCGAAUACAAACUGGUUUUCCCUCGAUGCCCGAUUCUGCAAUCUUGCUUGCUAAGUAUCCUGCUGCCUUUGGUAAUUACCCACCUUCCUCUUCUACUGUAGAGCACCAGCAUUUGAAUAGAAUUACUGAACGUAAUUUAAAUGGUGUAUCAGUUAUGCCAGCAAGAGAAUUAAGUAGCAGCAAAGGGGUUGCUGACUACCAGGCUUACAUGAACCGUGAUGGUGCCAAAGUUCAGCCUUUCGCCGUCGAUUUGAAGCAGCAACAAACUAGGUACUACUCAGAGAUGCAGAGGCAGAGACGAGGAAGUGAGUAUGAUGGUCUGCCAAGUGUACAACAGCAAAGGGCGAUGGUGGGACUCGAGGUUCUGGGCAGAGGAGGGAUCCUCCAUGGUGGAGGUGGGCCGCGCAAUACUGUUUCAGAUCCUGUAGCAGCCAUCAGAAGGCACUACGCAGGUGAACAGUACAAUGGGCAGAUUGGGAGCAUCAUCAGGGAGGAAGCAUGGAGAAGUAACGGGAACGUAGGCAGGUAGUAGAAGUGCAGCGAGGACUUCCAAGAGAAGGUCCUCAGGCGGCAAGUAAUCUCAACUUGUUUGUUGCCCCUGUAUAAUAGUUAGUCUUCACAACUUUAGUUCUGUUAUUUAUAGUUCAGUUGUUUUUUCGUUCUGCUCAGCAAUAUUCUUAGAUGCUUGUAAUAUUUAGCAAUUUGAUUUUGUUGUAUUCAAUGGAUGAAAACAAAAUAAUCCUCAGAUGUUUGGAGUCGACACCGCUCGUCAACUUGUUGUGCAUUCAAUCUAUUUUCGACACCGCUUCAUUGGA